CUGGGUAAUAUUCGGAGAGCGAAGGGGCCAAAGUAGGAUCAUCAUCAUAACCAGCUGACUCAACCUUAGCUAGUUGUCUCAGUCAGAACGAAACCACCUUGCUGUCUUGUUUUAAGUCUGAAAAGUGUCCACUUCAUCUGAACCAUGGGAAUGAAUGGUCAAGAUAUUAAGGUGUAACCUCAAGGCGUAGUGUGACUGCUUUAGGACCAUGGAGCCGGACGUGAUCCGCAUGUACUCCUCCUCCCCACCCCCAAUGGAGGACGGAGCUGAGGAAGAGGAUGACGAGUUUGGGGACUUUGGGGGCUUCUCUGGAGUUCCGACCAGCGCCAGCUUCACUGAGUUUGACACCCCAGCAACCUUCAACCAGACCGCAGCCUUGGCCGCCACCUCACCACCGGAACUCCUCAACAAUGGAGGGGUGGUUGGGUUGUCAAAACUCAGCUCAGGUCCCGUGGGAAGGGGUCCUGUGGUCAAGCUCUCCAAUUCUAAGUCAAAUGGUGUCGUGCCGGGAGGCUGCCAGUACGACUGUCCUUCAGAGAGAACUGUGAAUGUGGAGGAGUUAAAAAAGCUUGCCGACCACACUCGAGCCAAUAAUCAUUCUACCUCCCUGGACAUAUCUGGGAGGAGUCAGACUGACAACAUAGACAAGCCUGUCGAUUGCAAUGGUGGGGUCCCGGAAGUUCUGACCAACGGCUUUGCUACUUUUGAAAUAGAGGGAAGCACAUCUUUGCAGAAUUCGAUCCACUCUAAAAAGAAAGGAACCACCGCAGAGUGUGCAGACGACUGCCCUCCCAGGAGCCCCGAGGACGACUUUGCGGAUUUCUCGGCCUUUUCUAACGCAGACGUUCAAGGACUCUCCGGCAAGGUGACAAACCGCACCAGCGAGAACUUGGACAAUCGCAACAGGGACGAACGGCUGGCAGAGGACGCCUGCCAGCAACAGAGGCAGCAGGUGCACUCUAAUGUAGAACAGGGAAUCAGCUCAGGGGACAUUGUCAGGGACACUCACAUUAUAACUGGAUCCAACGACAUCGCUGGCUCUGAUUCUCUAUCGCACCCUGCUGAGGCUCGAGACACUGGCGAAGGCUUGAGCAACGGGGACGGGGGCUUUCAAAGAGACACUGCUAACUCUGAACAAAGGAACGUAGAGCCGGACUUUGCACACAAGCACUCUGCUACUGAGGUGGUUAUUAGUGAGGAUUCUGCCCCAGAGGAGGUUUGUGGUGAGGAUUCUACCCAAGAGGUGGUUUGUGGCGAGGACUCUGCCUCUAAGGCACUUUAUGUUGACAAACCGGUCGCCCAGAUUGGUGUGGUUUUGGAGCAGUUGGAAGAGGAGGCGGAAGAAGAGAAGGCAGGUGUCAGUGAAAACCGGGUUUUCCCCAAUAUAGACGACGAAGAUGGGAAUGGCGAGCAAGCAGACGAGAAGCCAGGGUCCGGAAACGAAACAGAAACAGAAACUGAAACGUCUUUCGGCCGACCUCUGUCCACGGAUGCCCUUGAGGAGUACGGCGACAUCAGCACGACGGGCUCGGUGCCCACGCCGCCGCUCCAAGAGGAGACGGCCACGCCUGCUGACCACAGCCAACUGCUGGAGGACGACGACGGUGAAGACUUUGGAGACUUCGGGGACGUGGGCUCUUUUAGCGGACAGGGCUUUGCUGAAUUUGACCAGCCAGAGUUGCAACCUGCACCUCUCACACAGGAAAUAGUGGACAAUGACAAAGACUUUGGUGAUUUUGACGCCCCCAACAGCCACACUGGUGGUGGGAAGGCAAUUGAGAACGAAGAUGGGGGGAAGUUUGCAGAUUUUCCCGGCAGCGACAGUUUUGCCGACUUUAGCUCGGCUCCUGUUGGUGCGGACCCUGAUGCAGAUGCUGGUUGGAAUGCCUUUGAUGAGCCUGAACAGGGUCAAGAGGAGGGCGAUUCCUGGGCUGCAUUUGGAGAGGAGCCGACCACCACUGCUCCUUUGGAAACGGGUGAAGACGAGUGGCAGGAGAGUGAGCCUGUAGCAGCCCGUCCAUCCAGCAGCCAUCAGAUCAGUAGAAGAGACAGUCAAUCUGCGGCGCUUUGCAGUCGGCUAGAGAAGCUUUUUCAGGAAAUGUUCCCCGACGCACCUGCCCCGCAGGUGGGGGUGGAGGUGGUCCCUCUCAAAACCCUGCUGGAGCCUCCUGCGAGGUUACAGCAGGAAGAGCAUGAAAUGAAGAGUGGUGUGCCAGACAAUGGGGCCGUGGGGGACGUGUUGUGGAGGCAACUGCUGGACAUCCACGAGGCGUUUGGCCUGCGACACCAGUGGGGAGGCUCGCACAGCAACAAGACACUACUCUGCUCCCUGGGCAUCGACAUUAGGAACAUUCUGUUCACAGGUCAGAAGAAGCAGCCAGUAAUAGUUCCCAUGUAUGCUGCCAGCCUGGGCAUGCUGGAACCCACCAAAGAGCCAGUAAAACCCAUAUCAGCGGCAGAGAUGAUCACGUCCAUAGCACAACAAGUACCUCCAGUGGCCCCGGCAGAGAUCAUAAGCACUAGUCCACCAGACACAGCCCAGGAAGCGCUCCCGCCCGUCCAGUUUGACUGGAGCAGCAGUGGCCUUACUAACCCCCUGGACGCGAGCGGAGGCUCGUCUCUGCUCAACCUCGAUUUCUUUGGGCCCGUGGAGGACUCUGGCCCAAGCAGCUCCACCUCCAUCCCAGGUGUGGACCCGGAGCUGUACGAGCUAACAACUGCUAAACUGGAACCCAGUGGCUCUGGGAGCCGUGUGGCUGACGCCUUCGCCCGCCUUAUGUCUACUAUGGAGAAGACCAGCACCUCUACCAGAAAGCCCCGGAAAGAAGAGAACCUAAGUGAGGAGGCAUUGAAGGUGAUUGCAGGGUUACCAGACCUGUCCUUUAUGCAGGCAAAGGUGCUGAUGUUCCCCACCACGUUGACCCCCCUGGGCUCCUCCUCUGACCACAUACCUGACUGAUCCCCCCCCCCCCUUCUCUUCUCCUUAUCACUGUCUGUCAUUCUAUCACUAUAUCAUGAAGUUAUCAUUUUUGCUUCCAUGCCUUCAUUGUUUUGUCAUUUUCUCCCUUUUAUUUGUUAUUUUCAGUUUUAAUCAAGUGAAGCAUUUACCGAUUGUCCUUGUGAAUGGAGAAUGGUUAGUCAGACCUGGACUAGGCUAAGCCUGUAAAGCGAAGCUUCGUCAAUAGCAGAACAAGAGAACAUAUUAAAACAGUUUGUUUAACUUCUAGGUCAAGGUCCUAGAGAGAGGUUGUUAAUAAUAGGAGAAUCAAUGUGUACAUAAUCAGGGACGAAUUGCGCUGUUUUUUCGAAGGUGGCUUUUACGUGUGUCAAUGUUCAUCUUUGAAUGGAAAUGAAACACUGGUUGAACCUCUUCAAAGGGAGGCGGGAUAUACACUGAGUGUACAAACCAUUAGGAACACCUUCCUAAUAUUGAGUUGCACUUCCUUUUGCCCUCAGAACAGCCUCAAUUCGUUGGGGCAUGGACUCUACAAGGUGUCAAGCGUUCCACAGGGAUGCUGACCCAUGUUGACUCCAAUGCAUCCCACAGUUGUCAAGUUGGCUGGCACACACAUACACAAUCCGUAUCAAUUGUCUCCAGGCUUAAAAAUCCUUCUUUAACAUGUCUCCCCCCCCUUCAUCUACACUGAUUUGAAGUGGAUUUAACAAGUGACAUAAAAAUGGGAUCAUAGACCGACCAGGUGAAACUGUCAUGGAAAAAACAGGUAGUCCUGUUUUGUUCACUCAGUGUAUGACUAUACAAAUAUAUAUGACUUGAAACCACACUGCCUGCAAAAUCCAGCUGAAUGUUUUUUUUCCCCUGUUGUGUUAAUGGCCUUAGUUUUAUUUUGUCAUUUUACAUAGGGCCUAGAUUUCUUAAACCAUGGCUAAAAAUGCGUUAAUGUAUGCUCAUUCUUUAAGUCCGCGAUUUAACCGUAGCCCGCUUUUUUUUCUUAUGCCUCCCAUUGGUGCAGUCCGUCACAGACAACUGUUUUGUGUUGAAUUCUUUUUUAAAAAAUUCCUGAUUUGGGGACGGGUGGUAAAAAGGGGGAGAUCAUGUUUUAUUGGUUUAAACCACUGACAGAUUGAAAUGACUAUCAGUAUCAUAGCUGGUCUGAGUGAAGGUCGGCCUACAUUACAAGGGAAUAAGGGACCAAUUUCUGCUUCCACGUGUCUGGUUUUACACUUAUGAAGUGCUUUUUAAAAUUUUGUUGUCAUUCUCUACCAUUUUGUUUUGUUGCGAUUUGUUUUACCACUGUCAACCUGUUCCCAGGAGGAUUUUGCACAUUGUAAAGAUGAAAUGGAUGUAAUCAUAGUUCACUGUGGCUUUAGACUGUGUACUAUGGACUGUAAAAUGUAUGGGGAAAAUUCCUAUGGAAAAAAUGAUUAACUUGAAGAGCCUGUAAAAAGGUUAACAUGCAUGCCCGGGUUCUUAUCAAACUUAAGUGUGUAAAUUUACUUUUAGUGUACACAAGAAAUUAAAAAUAAUUUAAGAGAAA